ACCUGCUCACCGGUCCGUGCAUGCUAUUCAUGUAUGAUGCAGCACCCUUAGUUCGAGUCAUACUCGUAGAAGAAGGCUAGGCGAUACUCCGUAUUUGCAAGUCGUGUGGCCGUGGCGUAUUCGGAAACCGUUUGGCAGAAGCCCAUUUUGCAUAAUUAUUUUGUUUUUGUGAAGGUUCUGUUUUGGGCUUUGCUCGACUUCUGCAUGCUGUGCCGUUGCUUCUGGUAAUGGUGGCGAGUUCUUGUCCGGUAACCGUGGGUCCGUGACCGAGCGAAGUGCUUCAUAUAUCUGGAGUUCCUGCGCGAGUCGUGGAGUAUUUCUGACGUGUUUGUGUGCGCGGUGACCGUAUGAACCCGGUACAAAUCGCUGCGAGCUGUCGCGAUGGGAGGUGAUUGGCACUGACUGGCCGCUCAAAUCAUCGGCUCGAUAGCGCUCGUAUUUUGUUAGUAUUCAUGCGUAACAGUUACGUACUGUUUACCUCCAUCAUCAGUCCGCUAUUGGCGCUAAGUGCGUGCCACUGUGAUCGACUCGAAGCAUCACGUCGGCCCAGUGCACUACAUAUCAGAUGAGUAACAGUAAUACGCCAGACCAGUGUCAGUGAGCGAUGGAUAGGUGGGAUGUUGCAGAUUCAGUCUGGUGAAGUGGUGCUUCGGAGUUUUCGUUGAGCGAGUUGCACCGGAGAGAGGGCGGCAACGAUGAUGCGCAAAUCUGGUUUGCGCUGUAAUGAGAAGGAAAUUUCGCAGGUGGCAGCCACGUUGUACGCUACCAAGGAAGGAAUUCUGCUGAAAAAGGGGCCCAAGCCAGGCCAAGGCUACAAGAGCAGAUACUUCCGUCUGUGUGGCAAUCUGCUGUUCUACUUCAAGGAAGACGACAGGGCCAGGGACAAAACACCGACUGGUGAACCGCAAGGUAUUAUUGUGCUGGAAGGAUGCAGCGUGGAGCGCCAGAAGAGUGUAAAUAAUCAUCAGUUUGCAUUUCGAAUAGAGUUUGGUGCCGAUGACAGCCGCAGUUAUAAUCUAGCGGCGGAAACGGAAGAUGUUCUUGACAGCUGGAUGACAGUUCUAUCUGAAGCAAGCUAUGAGACGUGGCGCAAGCGUAUGUGUAGGUUACAACACAAAGUGCUGCUGCUAUCGGGAAGGGACCCUCUUUCAGGCGAUGAGCACAGCAAUGACAUGAAAGUCGAGAUGAAAAGUCGCAGUGAACGCGCCGGAGCUGUUGGAACAAUCCUCCGCUCCGAGUACCAGAAGAAGAAAAAUGAAAGCAGCUCACCCGAGACACACCAUCGACUGGUCCCGUCUUUCCGCGGCAAGCCCAGGUCAUCCUCCAAGUCUUCCGGCAAUACAGUGCUGCUAUCCACACUAACCAACCUACCCACCGCGGACAUCUGCAUUGCAUGCAGCCAUCUUCCCUCGCUUCACGGCAGUUCGCCAAACAGCUUUGUUGAAGUGAGUCUCCGCCGCUCGCCGCCAAACCCGACGGACUGGGUGAGACAUGCUGAAACCGAGGUUAUAGAGACGUCAACUAGUCCGAACUUCUUCACGUGCAUAGCCAUUCCCGUUGAUCCACGGCUGCCGCUGGAUGUUCGGCUCUCCGUGCUGGCUGUACAGAAUGGCAGCUCUGAUGAUCAGCUCAUCAUCACUCACUUGGGUCAUGCAGACUGUGCAUUCGACUCCAUCGUGAAGGAUGUGGAUCAGCAAGUUCGACUGCAACUCCAGAAUGGAAGUCUUGGUGACAUAGUGCCUGCUGGUGGACAGCAGGCGCUUGUCAAAGCAAGUAUCCUGCAGGCGGAUGAAGACGACCGCCGGGCAUCAGUUGUGACACGAAGAGAGCCGUCCGUUAGGCAGCGUAGCUCUCAAGUUUCAAUGCGAGCGAUGAAAGGAAAGUUAAAACCUCAUCUGUCAAAGUUAUUCCAAUGUCGAUUCAUGUUCCCAUCAAAAUCCGGUGAGCACAUUCGCGUAGCAGAGGAGAUGGGAGAAUGUGCCUUUGCACGCACAGUUCCUAUUAGUUACCUAGAAAUGGUGUCGGCAGAAGACAAGUGUCGUAUUGAUGAGAUCUAUGCUCUGGGAGAGCUCUCCUUACACUGGCAAGACACAACGCAGCAACUGCUUGGCAACAUCUUCAAGUGUAUUGGAGAACGGCAACAUGCAGUCAAUGGGCUGCAGGCUAAUUCCGAUUGUCAUUUCAAAUCCAGCAUUCACAAGAAGGCUAGGUCUCACGGCAUGGAGUAUGUACCGGUGAAUCUACAUGUGCAGAGAAUCAAAGUGUUGGACUCCGCUGGCCAAGCAACAACGCGGAAUGUGACAACUGUGGGUGCAUUUGCCUGUCACUCGCGUGGCUUCAAGCAAGGCGGACUGCAUCGAAUCCUUUCCGAACAUGCAUGUUGUGCAAGUUUUGUCAGUGAGACGGACAGUCCUACCAGCACAUGUCGUGUCGUUCUCAAGAAAAUCGCGACAGUUCGACAGCAAACAGCAGACUUGAGGGUCAAAAUGCUCCAGGCGGCUGCGAACCGCAACACUGAGCUCUUCUCAUCUGCACUGUCGGACUUGUCAUCCAAGGUACAGCAAACCGUAGCAGACUGCACCAAGGCGCCCAUCAGUAGCGCUAUCCACUCCAUGAAAGAAGCCAGGUCACACCAAGUCACCGACUCCCAGCCGAUGGACAGCCUAGCAUGUAGUCCUCAAGACUGGCUCUGGAAUGGCAAGAGAUACGUAUCCAUUGCACGCUAUAAUCUGGAGAAUCACAUGCGAACACUGCAAGAGCAACUCAUGUCAGUGCUGUGUGCUGGACGCGAAGUGGAGGAAGCCAUCUCAUCCCUCUUGCUACCACGUCAUGACACGGGGCAGUCUCAGUUCUUUGAUAAGCCCAGGCCUAGCGUCGGCCACAGGUCACUUCAACGGAACCUCUCACCACCUUCGGGUAGCAAUCUCCAACGAUCAGCGUCACUGGUUGGCAUCCGACGUCCUCCAGUGUUCUGCUGGUCCAACAUGAUCAUGCCAGCUCUGGCUCUCCUGUUCCAGAGUUUGGAGAGUCUCCUGAUGAUGAUUGAGAACAGCAUGCACUUCAGUCUAAUUCAGAUGGAUGCCACCUACUCCGACUUUGACCAGUUACUGUCGCGCUAUGAUGCCGUCAUGUCACAGGCACUGUCGGCGUUGGUCACAUCCUUCUGCACCACGCUGUGGAGUAACAUAUCCAACAAGGUGUUCCUCAGGCUGCUGCAGGAUGUAGGAUUCUUGGCACACUUUGAAAGCCUGCUCAGCACGCAUGGUGAUGAGAUGGGUAUGAUAGAGGAUAUGUGGUUUGCUGUUCGUCAGCUGAACAAUGUCAAGCUACACAUUGUGUGUGUAGAUAAUGGUGACUUGGGAGAGCCUGAAGUGUCUGGCACUCGCUGGGAUAUGCAUGUGAAUGUACCACUGCAAGAGUCGCUGUUCGAGGAACUGCCCGCUGUGCUGCGUAACGGGGACGACAUACGAGUGCGAGCCGUCCUCUUCACACAGGGUAUCAACGAGGCGCAGACACUGGCCGACCUGAAUUUUGUCUCACAGUCCCACAUUCAAUCUGACAUCAACCAGGGAAGUUACCCGAUCAUGGCUGAGUUUGUACAGUCGUAUCGUGCUCUGUGUGUCGACAUUGGCUCAGCCAAGCUAGCUGUUGAGGCAUCGGUCCUUCCACCUUUGCUGGAUCAACUGGAGGAUGCUGUCAAGUCUACGAAAUCAAAGAACGUUGAAAUACUACGGUUGUCUGAGGAGAUAAGCCAUCGUAUCUUUGCCGGUCGUCUGACCAGCUGUAAGAGUGCCAAGGACCGCACAGCCAUGGCAGUUACCCUGGAGCAGUGUCACAUACUGCUACGUGAUCACGGCCUGCUGCACUCCGACUUCCAGCAAGCGCUGGAUAGCAUGCGAAGCCGAGGCACACGUCUGCAGAACUGCAUGAAGAACAUUGGCCAUCGGCAGUACGCAUUCAACAGCUUCCAGUUGAAAUGUAUUCCGGCACUCUACUGUCCGCCUGCGGGUACCUUUGGCAAGCGUGUACAAGGCUGACUGGAGUGUGUUCGGGUACCUUUGGCAAGCGUGUACCAGGCUGACUGGUGUGUGUUCGGGUACCUUUGGCAAGCGCGUACAAGGCUGACUGGAAUGUGUUCGGGUACCUUUGGCAAGCGUGUACAAGGCUGACUGGAGUGUGUCCGGGUACCUUUGGCAAGCGCGUACAAGGCUGACUGGAGUGUGUUCAGUGACACACCGGACACAACACUAGACGCGUGACAUUCGGCAGCCUUCCACGGCGUACAAUGAACGGUGAGUAUUGCUCUGAUCCAAGGUUCUGCUGCUAAGUAUCUGCUGGAGGCCGAGCCCGAGUAAUGCACGUGCAAACACGAAUGACAAGCAAACUAUAAAACUACCACAACUAAAUUAGUGCGACCCAGCAGAUGACAUCCUCUAUAUUAUGAUUUCUGGCAAUUUGUGGCGUUUUGGUUAUUCUCUGCCUUGAAUACCUAUGCAUGUGUUAGGGUUGCUAUGUGUUAUGUUGCCUUGAUAUGACUAUCAAUGGGUUGCUAUGUGUUAUGUUGCCUUGAUAUGACUAUCAAUUGUGUAAACACAACCAAGUCAGUUAGCAUUUCUGUCCUACUAAUGACUCAUCACCCACUUGCCAUUUUCUUGACCCGUAAAUUAAGUUAUUUUUUUCACCGACACCGAAUGGUGAUACAGUAAUUGGAUUUACUUAGGAUUUGGCAAACAAUUUGUUUAGGCUGCCCUGGAAUUUUUAAUUUUUUAAUAUCACUUGCAACAAGUGCUUGUAGUGCUUUCACUGUUAUUCCUUGAUGUCCCACAACACGAAUUUCACUUGACUAGCUCUUAUUCUUUUUUACGCUUUCAAAUUACCCUGCUGUUAUUGUUAUUCUCCUUUCUUUUGUCAAUUGUUGUAAGUGUUUCUGGUCUUGUCUAGGUCAUAUCAAAAAUCUAAUAAUUAUUGUGAUGUGGUGAGGUUGUCCUGUUACACAAA